UGGCGUCCAAUUGUUUAUAUCAUUGAGUGAAAAGUGAAAUUAAAAUUAAUAAUCAAUUUAAAUCUCAUAUAAUAAGUGAAUUAAACGACAAUUUUGUAAACUAUUUAUUUCAUACGAAUCGCAAACUAUAGCACAAAACAAAAACUGAAACAAAUUUUUCGCAACAAAUUGAUAGCAUUUUUGUGAAUAUAUUUUUUUCCGUGAAUCCAAUGAACAACUCAUAAGUGGUUUUCAAUUGUGUCCACAAUAAUAGUCACGUGUUUUACGCAUGUGUUUAUACAUCAUUUGAUUAGUAUAUCAUUGAAACUCUGAGCGUAUUAACGGAUCCAUUGGGUGAUCGCCAUUGAGAUGUCGUUUCGUGCGCCCAAUAACUCGCUGAUGGCGGCGAUGGCCGCCUCUAUGAUGGGCUCCGGGAUGACGCCCCAGGCCUACCAUCAGAUGCACGCCAUGGGUAACAUGCAGCCCAUGGGCGGACUCAUACCCAUGCAAAUGAUGCCACCGAUGCCUCCGCAACCGAUGGGAGUGACGGUGCCGUCGGGUGUAACGACCAUAUCGGCGCCGCCCGUACGCAACAUACAGAUCGACCCCAACCAGCAACAGAUGACCGGCAUUCAGCUUCAGGCGCCGCCGUCGCUGUUAGGCGUAUAUCCCGGCGCCAAUCCGGUUAGGCCUCCGUUUACUGUACUUAAGAGGAGUUGUCUUACGUGUCGAUCCGGACGGAUUUUCCAGCAAAUGGCUGCCGCCACACAAGACACGCAGCAACAGUUCCGGAAGCCCAGACCCGCCCCGGGAACCACUAUCACUGUAUUCGUGGGCAAUAUCACCGAAAGGGCGUCCGAUAUGCUUAUUAGACAACUGUUAUCCAAAUGUGGUCAAGUGAACAACUGGAAGCGAGUCCAAGGAGCCAAUGGGAAGCUACAGGCGUUUGGUUUCUGCGAGUAUUGCGAUCACGAGUCGGCUAUGCGUGCGGUGCGACUGCUCUUAGAGUUUGAAAUCGCCGAUAAGAAACUGGUGGUGAAAGUGGAUCCCAAGACUCAGGAGAAGUUAGACGAGUACAUGAAGAGUAAGGGUAUGUUGGGCUCCGAGUUGGACGACGCCACCAAAGAGGAGGACUCGCAGACCCUACAGGCCAUGCAGGGAGUGCUGAGGGAGCACGAGAUCGAACUGUCCAAAGAGCCCGACCCUAAGGAACGGCAGCGCAGAUAUAAUAGUGAUAAGAGAGAUCCCACCAAACCUGAGGUGAGUUUUUGUUUGUUUAAUAAUUUAGCGGAAAUGGAUUUAGAAGACGAUAAGCGAUCGCUAAUCCACAGAGAGAUCGAUAAAUUCCGCGACACUUAUAAGAAAGUGGAGGAACAGAAAGAGGAGGAAAAGAAACGCAAAGAGGAGUCGGAUGUGAAGAGAGAGCCCUCGGAUGCCAUCAAAAAGGACAACCGUUCCAAAGAUAGGUCACCGGAUAGGGACAGACAUAGAGACCGUAGAGAUAGGAGUUCCCGAAGCGAUCGCGACAGAGAUAGAGACCGAGAGCGUGAAAGAGAGCGCGAGAGGGAAAGGGAGCGCGAGAGGGAUAGGGAUCGAGAGCGUGAACAACGUGAACGCGAGAGAGAACGAGACCGAUAUCGGGAAAGGGAUCGACGCUCGGAGGUCAAGGAUAUGCCGCCCGUCGAGGACGAGGAGGAAAUGUACGAACGGCGACGACUGGAGCGCCAGAUGAAGGAAAAGGAAGCGUCAUAUCAGCGGCGGCUGAAGGAGUGGGAGAGUCGCGAGAACCGCAAGAAAAGCGAUUACAAGAAGGAGAGCGAUCGGGAAGAGCGCCGACGGCUGGACGAGGAGGACGAGCGCCGGAAGCUGAAGGAGUUCCUCGAGGACUACGACGACGACCGCUUCGAUCACAAGUACUAUAAGGGAAACAGUCUUAUGAGACGAGUGAGGGAUCGCGAGAAGGAGGUGGCGGGCGAUGAGGCGGAGCGCCUCCAGGAGAAGAAGGAGUUGGACGAACUGCGCGAGAAGUUGGCGCUCGAGGGACACCCCGACCCGGACAGUGAGGUGCGGCGCCGUAUGCUCGCCUCCAACGAGACGGAAAGAGAUCGCACGAACAAAGCGGUCAGCGAUAGGAUACGGGCGUUGAUGUUGGAGGCGCGCCAAAAGUCAGGCACCGGUAGCUCCGGGCGCGUGUCGUCGGCAGCCGCUGACGACGACAUCUCCAUCGACUCGGAUUUGACGCCAAAAGACGAGAUUCCGGUCAAGACUUUCGGUUUCCAAGGCAUGAAACUGGCGAACACUGGGAUCGCGAACGCGAAUACCGUUAAUAACAGCAGUAAUAGUAAUAACAAUGCCGUCAAUAAUGGCGGUCCAGAGGGCCGACACACUAACCACACCUCCAACGACACGCCCGACUCGACGGACGCCACGGCCGUCGCCGACAAGACGUCGUCCAACCCGUCGACCGGCGCUGAUCUCAAACGCAAGAAACUGUCCGUUUCUGACGUGUUUAACGCCAACGAAGACGACGACCUCUCGAAGGCCAAGAAGCGAAAGCUGCCGACCCUUCUGGACGACAACACCGACAGCGAUCUGAGCGGUACGCCCACCACGAAGACGGCGUCGGGAGGCGUGGGCGCCGACAAUAAGUUGAUGUCUUCGGAGGAGAAACGCAAACAAAUCAAAGCGUUGAUCGAAAAGAUCCCGACCUCUAAGGAGGAGCUGUUUAAGUAUGAGAUCGAGUGGUCGCUCGUCGAUAACGUAAGCACAUUAAUGGAGCGCCGGAUAAGGCCGUGGAUUAACAAAAAGAUUGCCGAAUACAUAGGCGAAGAGGAACAGGCGCUGUUAGACUUCAUAUGUAAUAAACUGCAGUCCAAAAGCAGCGCUCAAAGUAUUUUAGACGACGUGGCGAUGGUGUUGGACGAGGAGGCGGAGGUGUUUGUCGUCAAGAUGUGGCGGUUAUUGAUAUACGAGAUCGAGGCCAAGAAGUUAGGAUUAGGCAAAUGAUAGGCCCAUUCAUUAGACACAUGUUUUUUUUGUUUGUUUUCUGAAUCAAAAUUUAUUAUUAUUUUUUCUUAUUUAUGAUUACAAUAUAAUAUUGUCGCUUAAUUUUCUUACCAUCAAAAUAAUUUCUUUUGUAAUUUAUAUGUAUUUUUAAUUAUAAACACAAUUCUGUCAAGAAUUUCGUAUAAAAAAUACACGACUUUUUUUGUUAAUUAUAUAUUUGUUUAGAUAAAAAGAGAG